AUGGAAAUAAAAGAUGAAUGGUGUAGCGCGGCGCGGCGGUGCGGCUCGGUUCGCACACGGGACAGCGAACAAGCGCGCGAGUGCGUGCGCGCCGGCGGAGGCAGCGGUGGGGUCGACCGGUCGACCAAGCUCUCACCGACCGCCCUGCAACAAAUUCAAAAUCUGACGAGAAAUGUAAAAUUUUCUGAAGUCAACGUAGUGAUGCUGGCUAGGAUGCAGUAUAGGGUGAGGCUUGCGGGGUGUGGGAAGAAGAGGGCAGGGGGUGACAGCAGUGCGGGUGGGAGACGGCCAGGCCGCGGCCCUCAUUGA